GUGAGGGGAGGGGCAAUGGGUAUCUGUCUCUCACUCAUCGCUGCAGUCGGACGCCGGGACCUCCUCUUACCAUAUCAUUAUUUAUUGAUAUUAUUUAUAUCAGUAUUAUAGUUUAUUUCUUUGACAUUAGUGUGACAGGGGGAUAGGAAGGGAAAUAGGGAAACAGAUAGAGAGAUCUUCUGGAGAUAGCGACAGCAAGGCUCGCCCGGAUCACUCCUCUACGGGCACAUCAACAGAGGAGGAGGAGGAGAGGAGUGGGGUCAGACAUGAAGCUGUAGAGACAAGCUCAGAUGCUCGAGAGGCUCGGAGGAGAACGAUGAGCACGUUGGAGAAGAGCUCCACCAUGGACAAGAUCAAGAGGCCUGUGUGGAGAGUCCCAGGGCUCCGAGGGGCGGCCCGUUGGUUCAGGGGAGCAGGAGCCCAUGCCCCACGCCCACAGGACAUCACCCUGACGGCCCUGCUGACCCAGAGCCCCUCCCCCACCAGCGCCACCCCCUCCACCCCCUCCAUCCCCCCCCCGGGUACCAACGCAGCCAGCCUGGACGAGCUCAUCCAGAGAUGCCUCACCACCUUCGAUGUGGAGGGUGGGCUCAGCAGCCCUCGCUCCUCCCAGCUGGUCCGGAUGACCCUGAUGAUGCACAGCUGGGUGGUCCCAUCGCCGGUCUUCGCCCAGAAGCUCUUCACCCUCUACAAGGACUGUCCGGCCGACAAGAGGGCAGCGAAACGCCCGCAGAUCCGCCACCUCAUCAGGCAGUGGAUCAACCAGUUCCCUGUGGUGUUCGAGGCCGACCCCCGGAUCGAGGAGACCAUGGGGGACCUCUGGGCGCUGGUCCGGGCCGGCGGCGACGAGACCCACUCCCAGCUCACAGACCCCUCCGGCCUAAGCACUCAUAUCAACAUCUCCCUGGCCCCUUCUCCGUCCGUGAAGAAGAGGAAGGUGUCACUGCUCUUCGACCACAUGGAGCCAGACGAGAUGGCCAAACACCUCAGCCACUUAGAGUUUGAGAACUUCUGUAAUGUUUCGUUCCUGGACUACCGAAGCUAUGUAGUGCAGGGCACGGUGAGGGACAACCCGGCGCUGGAGCGCUCCGUCAUGAUGUGCAACGGGGUGUCCCAGUGGGUGCAGCUGAUGAUACUCAGCCGACACACUGCCCCGCAGAGAGCCCAGGUCUUCACCAAGUUCAUCCAUGUGGCCCAGCACCUGCGAUCGCUGCAGAACUUCAACACCCUGAUGGCAGUGACGGGGGGUCUGUGUCACAGCUCCAUCUCCCGUCUCAAAGACACGAGCAACCUGCUGCCGCCGGACGUCACCAAGGCCCUGAGCGAGAUGACGGAGCUGCUGUCGUCGCGUAGCAACUACAGCAACUACCGGCGGGUGUACGGCGACUGCUCCGGCUUCAAGGUGCCCAUCCUGGGGGUGCACCUGAAGGACCUGAUCUCCCUGAACGAGGCGCUGCCCGACUACGUGCAGGGGGACAAGAUCAACCUGAGCAAGCUGCAGCACCUCUACAGCAACAUCAACGAGCUGCUGGCCGUCCACCGCUGCUCGCCCCCCUUCGAGGCCAACAAAGACCUCCUGCACCUGCUCACGCUCUCCCUGGACCUCUACUGCACGGAGGACGAGAUCUACGAGCUGUCCUACACCAAGGAGCCGCGGAACCCCAAGAUACAGCCAGUGGCGUCGGUCAAGCCCCCGGUGGUAGCAGAGUGGGGCUCGGGGGUGAACCCCCGACUUGACCCAGACACAAUCUCUAAACACGUCAAGCAAAUGGUGGAUUCAAUCAUGAAGAACUACGACCAUAACCUUGAUGGAUACAUCUCUCUGGAGGACUUUGAGAAGAUCUCCGCCAACUUUCCGUUCUCCUUCUGCACUCAUGAAACGGACAGGCAUGGUCAGAUCAGUCGAGAGGAGAUCACGUCCUACUUCAUGCGGGGGAUGUCGGUCUGCGCUAAACUGGGCUUCAACUUCAACGACGUGCAUAACUUCCAGGAGACCACCUACAAGCAGACCGCCUUCUGCAAGGGCUGCGGAGGCUGUCUAAUUGGAGUGAAGCAGGGCUUCCAGUGUAAAGACUGCAGGAUGAACUGCCACAAGCACUGCCGCGCGCUGGUGGGGAUGGAGUGUGUGAGGAAACACAAGAUUGCCCCCAGCUCAUGCCUCUGCACCCCUGACGGCAAGAACAGGGGAAACAGCUGCAGUUCAGAGGAGGUGGCCUUUGUCUUCCCCCCGACCGGCGACACAGAGCCCACGAGGAAGAGCAGCGACCCCCUGAGGAAGAGCAGUGACCCCAUGAGGAAGAGCAGUGACCCCAUGAGGAAGAGCAGCGACCCCCUGAGGAAGAGCAGCGACCCCAUGAGGAAGAGCAGCGACCCCCUGACGAUGAGUAGCGAACCCCUGAGGAAGCGCAGCGAACCCAUGAGGAAGGGCAGCGACCCCCUGAGGAAGGGCAGCGACCCCAUGAGGAAGAGUAGUAGCCCCCUGAGGAAGGGCAGCGGCAUCUUGAGGAAAAGCAGCGACCCCAUGGCCCUCUCCAACCGUUCCACGCAGACGGAGCCAGGCACGUGGACGCCCGAGAGAGGGAACAAGAGAAUAGAGAGGAACCACGCCCAGGAGAAGAUCUUGUGUCCAGUUGCAGAGCAACAGCCUGCCCUCUCGCACCCGAGAAGGCUCCGUGCCGGUGAGCUUCCUCCAGGAGAAGAUGGAGGAGCUCCACCUGUACAAGGAGAGGAACAGAGAGCCGGACUGAAGCCUCAGCACCUCAGCGGCUCUACGGAGCACCGGGGGGGGCCCCAUCACGGCCCCGGGCCCCAUCACGGCCCCGGGCCCCUCGGUGCCUCACUCACAGCUGGACUCGCAGUUGAAACUACCGGUGUACAUAACUAUUUCACCUCAAUAACUUGGAUUGUUUUGUUAAAACAUAAAAAAAUGAAGCUCAAAUCUCGUUACAAUGACGAGAUGUUCUGGUGCUACCCGCCAUGCUCCGAAGACCUCAGUAUUCUUCCAGGACAACCGACACACGGUUUGAGAUGGGAGAACAAUGACACCAGCAAAACAGUCGUUCAUCCUCCAUUGGCCUCGAUGGCCGGCCUGUUUCCAUAGACUGCAUCAGCAUCCUGAUUAUGAUCCUGUCUUUUGUUGAGGCCCUGUGAAGUGCCUUGCUACUUUGACGGCGGAAUACCAACCGGUCAGCUGAGACAGUGAUUUUGUACCUAACCACAUUUCAAUUUUGGUGCGACUUUUUAAUUUUGAUGUACAAUCCCUGUGAAUCUAUGUGUAAAUGUGUUAAAUGUAGAAUGAAACUAGUAGUUUGUGAAGUCUC